AUGUUUGUGGGUCCUGGAAUAUAUGAUGAUCACCUGGUAUUCCAGAAUUAAAGCAAGCAACCAUGCGCUGUUAAAUAUAUAAGCAAUAAUUAAUCAAAAGAAUAAGGAAGAGAAUGCUACACUGUCAUUGGUGGUAACAUGAUUGUUUAUGAGCCAGGAUUUGAAAAGUUAUCUUCUAGAAAAUAAAAUGAUAGCCUUACUAAAACUAAUCAAGGAAAAAUAGCAUUAAAUUCAAUUUUCCCUUAAAAUAGAAUUACUCACAUGAUGGCCUACCGCAAUUCUAGAUAAAACUAUAAGAAUAAUGAGAUCUAAGAAAAAGUAGCUUAGUUUACUAAAUAGCAACAAUAAUAGUCAAAGUACUCUUAAAAAUUGAAUUAGCUUUCUUUUUCCAAAGAUUCAAGAAGGCCUUCAUCUUCUUUUUACACAGAUUUAAUGACCUAAGAAUCCUUGAAUAGACCAUAGACUUCGUUUAAAGUAAAACGAUCAUCAAAGUCAUAAUCAAAGAAUCAAAACAGAAAUGAAUUUUCUAAUAUUGAAUCAUUUCAAACUCCAUCCUCUCAGGUUUAAAUGUUUGAGACUAACACUUAAAAUAACAGCAGUUUUAUGGGAGUUGGCCCCAUUUAUAGAACUCAGUUGGCAAGAGAAUUUGAUAGACAGUAAAAAAUGAAUAAAAGUUUUGAUUACAAUCCAAUCACAAGAUUUGAAAGGCCAAAGAGUUAAUAGAAGACAUAUUUGGCUAAGCUUUCAAGAUCUAGUAAUAGAUAGAUUAUCGAUCUCAAGAAAAGUGUAUCAUUGCUCUAAGCAUAUGGUGAAUAUGAAAGGUAAUUACUUCCAGAAAGUUUAUUUAAUGAUAGAUUUUUGGAAAUGAGUAAGUAAUACAUGAAAGAAAAAGGAAUAAUUAUGAAGAAGACCUUGAAAAAGAAUAAAAAUAAAAAAGUUAAACCACUAGACCAGUUACCUAUAGAAAAGAGCAUCAGUCAAAAUCCAUUAGGAGGUGAAUCUAUGUUGGAAAACAUCUAAGAGCAGAGUAAAAUACUUCAUGAAAAGCUUUCGAGUAAUUAGGAGAUAUUAGAACCAGAAUUAGACACCUAAAUUGAAGAAGAUUAACUACUAUUAUCUUAAAAUCAAUGA